UUCCAACAGGUGGGUUCAUGUUUCAACAGCCACCAUGUUAGUGGCUCCUCUCUGCUUGGUGGUCUUUCUUUACCUCGGCCAGGCGUUGGGGGCACAGCUUCCACAUUUAAACUGGCGUGACAUCAACGGUGCUCAGCCGUUCCCCUGGCUUCAUAUGAGACUCCCCCAAACGGUCGUACCCGUGCACUACGACCUGACAAUUCACCCCAACCUGACCACUCUGAGCUUCACCGGAGUCGUUCGCAUCCAGCUGGAUGUACUCGAAGAGACCAAAGCCAUCAUUUUACACGCAAAGCAGUUGAAGACCUUCAACGUGAAGCUCAAGACGUCCGAGGGGUUGAGGUCUCUUGAGGUUAUCGAGAAUUCUGUUUACCAGCAGCUUGCCCUGCUCUCACAUGAGGUGAUCCCCAAAGGGCGGGACUACGAGGUUCAUAUGGAGUUUGCCGCAAACCUCUCGGACAGCUUCCACGGUUUUUAUAAGAGCAGCUACCGCACCAGCAGCGGGGAGCUCCGGUAAGCCUUAGUAUAUGGUUU